AUGAGACUAUUCGCUGAAGUCCGCUUGCUCGCAUACUACGGGCCAUGGCCCACGGACGUGUACAUACACUCCCCAACCCCGUGGAGCGAUCUGUACCAGCGGUACGGCUGGGCGCAGGUCCACAGGAGGCUGAAGCCGGUCAAGGCUACUAUCCUCGGUAUCCACAGCCAGCCAGAGAUAAUUGCAACCCAGCGCUUCAGGAACAAUGUCACCAGACGCGUCGACUACAAAGCCGAACUUAGCCAAAAAGUCAGCAACACUGUCUCAAACAGCUGGAAUAUCCAACACAAUAUCAAUGUGGGGCAACUAUCGAAGUGGAAUUCAAAAUCCCUAUUGGAUCGGUCGGCGGAACAACUUCAUUCUCCUACGCCCACCAAUGGGGCAAGAGCGGCAGUAACUCCGAGGAAAUUACUCUUUCAGCCAGCGCUGGCAUUACGAUUCCCGUCGAGCCAGGUGAAUCAGUCGAAGCCGAUGACCGCGUCCCGAGGCACCAUGGAGAUAGAAGUAGUCUACGAAGCCACAGUGUACGGCGACGUGGCGGUUAACUACGAGGACACCUGGAACGGGCAUUACUUCUGGAGAUACGACGUGAACGCCGUCAUGGCGAGCGGUGGUCUUCCCCGCACGCUGCAGGUCACGGAGACACUCAAGGUCGGUUUUUACACCGACGUCGAGAUUGAGGUGCACGAGAAGAAUGGGAAGCGUAAGCUGAUGGCGAAUAUCACGGUUUAAUUGUUUUUGAUGUUGUGAGACAAAUAAAAUGAAUUUAUUUAUUC